UCAGUGAGUGCGAGCAGAGCGGCCGGCGGUUUUACAAUUGAAUACCCCGUAUGUAACUUGUGUGAAAAGCGAGCGACAGCGUCACUAUUUCAAGUUAUUUCUCUGAAUUCACCACUAACUAUCAUCAAAAAGCAAUGCGUCGUUUCCGCAUGGGACGUGGUGGCCGAGGUGGUCCAGGGCGUCCUAUGCCGUACAUGCGGGGACCAAUGGGACCCCAAAGGUUUAUUGUUAGUCAUGCUACCUUUGAUCCCAUAUUGUCAGAGGGAUUUUUUGUGAAAGCUCGUCCCCAAGUAGAUGACACCCAAUUCACUGAAGCUUUGCUCAAGAGAAAUACAAAACUGACACCAUCACAACAAGAACAGGUAAAAGCUUUGGUACAAAAUCUAGUCACCAAGGUUACCAGCGUACUUGACAACUUGAUAGUGGAUCCUGAUACUGCUGAGUUUGGCGUUGAGGAGGUACGUGCUGUUGGGUCACACAAGAAAGGCACCAUGCUCCUAGGUCACCCUAUCGCUGACCUGACAGUUAUACUCAAGAGACUGCCGACAGAGGCAGACAUAAUUGCUUUAGCAACAAGAGUGCAAAACUCCUUGAAGGAAGAUUCCACUAAAGAUGCAACAACUGCACAUGAUUUUCCUAUGCAAGCAAAUGAAGGCGGUUUCAACAUAAGUGGCACAGAAGGAGCGCUUGUUCGUGUUCUGAUAACUACCCUACCCAAGAACCUUAGGGAUGCAGACCCAGCCAAACAUGUCGAUGUCAAGUUGCUGGAAGGCGCUCUAGCUACAAUUAGACAUUCACGAUGGUUUGAAGAGAAUGCCUUUCAUACAAGUAUAAGGAUCCUUGUACGUUUACUCAAGGACUUGAGGAAGAGAUUUACUGGACUUCAGGGGCUAACGCCAUGGCUUAUUGAUUUACUGGCACAUCGUUCAACCCUGGCUGUGACAUCAAGACAACCACUUAGUAUCAAUAUCGCAUUCAGACGAGCUCUUCAAUUAUUAGCUGCUGGUUUGUUUCUUCCUGGUUCAUUAGGUAUUGUAGACCCAUGUGAGAGUGGUCAAGUCAGGGCACACAGUGUGUUGAGCCUGGAAGAGCAGGAUGCAAUUACAACAUGUGCUCAGACCUUACUCCGCUGCCUUAAUCAUGGAGCAUACAAUGAAAUUCUCGGACUGGCUGGAGAAGGUAUCCCUCAAGUAGCUAUAGAAACAGAGGUAUCCAGUUGGAAUGGAGUGAUAGUCACCCCUGGUACCAAGGCCUAUGAGAAACAGGAGGGAAAACCCGAAGAGGAGGGGGACGGUGACGAGAAUGACGACGAGCAAGAUGUAGAGGCAGCCGCUACAGAAGAAACAGCUGAAGACAAAAUGGAGACAUAAGCCCCCUUGCACACAUCUGUAUACAGGCCCGUAGCCAGGGUUUUGAGCUGGGGGUUCGUCUACCCAUAAGCGGACCAUUUUCUUUUAGGUAGCUCGUCCUAGCUCGCAAUGGUAUUUAAUUCAUAUUCAGUUAGACCUUCCUCUCGAGUGGGAACCAUCCCCCCUCCCGUCCCUGGCCACGCCCCUGGCUACGGGCCUGGUACAAUAUGGUUUAAAACUUAUUGAUAACAAUCUGGAUUAGUCACAUGGAUGAGGAAUGGGGGAUUCAGAGAUUGUAUAUAGUGAAGUUUUGAAAAGGGAUUGCAAAUCGCUCCAUUUAAGCCAUUUAAUACAGAAGAGCACAGAAAAGUGAAUGACACAACCUUGUUACCAAACAUUUCACCUUUAUACUUUUUAUUCAGUUUUUUUUCCUAUGUAACUUUACAGACAUCAGUGGAAAACAUUUUAAAUGGUUGGCUGUACACUGCAUGUCACCUUUUCAAACACUAGAAAUUGGCAUACCCCUUCGUCUGUUGACAGUAAUAAAAAUUUAUUUGGCUGA